CCAAGAAGGAAAAACUUUAAAGGAUAAGAAGCAGAGACGAUAAAGAGAAGAAAAAAAAAUACAUGAAAUUGGCAAGAAUGGAUAUUGAAUUGAUAACUAUGGAAGUGCCAAAAGAUGAUGGCCAUCAAGUGUACAUUCCAUCCAUUAUCUGGAACAAGUUGCAGGAAGAGUUAGAGCAAGAACUUGACCAAAGAUUUUCUACAUUCGGCCUUAUCUUCCGAGUUUCAGUUUUCGAGAGCAAAUUUGCUUUGGGGGAAGUUGAUGGAAUGGAGUGGUAUGCCUAUGUAAUUUUCUAUUCUGUCAGUGGAGCCAAAAACGCAUUAAAGCAGAGCGGAAAAAUAAAGAUAGGAGAGACAGAAAUACAGGUAAAAAAAAAGCAUCAUUACAGACCUCACACAAAGCGGGAGCUGCCACUCUACAAAGCCCAGGAAUUACUUACUUUUUACUUUGGCUUCAACUGUUGGUCAUCUGAAGUGGUGUAUAUGGAAAGAGAACCAGAAGGAGAGACACCCAAUCACUUAAGGUAUGCGUGUAUGGUGCGAGUCAAAAUGCCAAAAGAGAAUCUUUGUAGUGAGGGCUUGGGUGUUGCAGAAGUACCCUUCUCUCCCACUACUCCUUCUUCUCGAGGGAUUGCUCAUAUGACUGCCCGACGAUUUGCUUACCAAUCUGCAAUGAAGACAGCUUUUUCCAAGUUCAUUAUCAUUAUACUGGGAAAUGGUAAAAUUACUGUGGAGGUUGACACAACACAGGAAGAUAUUUAUGUCUAUGAUCCUGCAUGGGAUAAUCCUGUUGUAAAGGUUAACGAAAUCAACUAUGAUCCAGAUGCCGAGGAGGAGUGUGAAGAUUUAGACGACAUUACAGAAGAGGAGUUGAAUGCUCUCCUUGAUGCUCCCUUGUGAUAGUGUUUUAUUGUAUAUGUUGACCAAUUUUAGUUUCAAAGCUUUUUUUCCUUGUUUUACUUUUUUUUUUUUGCUGUGAUUAUUACUCUAUUUUGUAUUGUAUUCAUUUUAUUAUUUGCCAUUUUUAAGUUUGAUUGUCAUCUUAAUGGGAAAAAAUCAGUAAAGAGAUGAGUGAUUUCAUAAAAAAGGAUAGAUAUAAGCUGGGAAUUGAAAAGUACAAACUAUUACACCAGGUACAAAUACAUCUUUUGAUUUCACUGUGUAAUUUCCAAGGUAGAAGUUGAUUUGUAAUUUAUUUUUUAUUUAUGAGUGAUAUGGGUGAAUAUUCCUUGUAUACCAUUUACAGUAGCUUUAAAUGUGUUGAGUGUAUUUAUACUUGUUAUAUGUAUUUUAAUAAAGAAAUAUUUUAGUCA